GCCUGGGUGUACAGGCACGGUAUCCAUACUGCCAUACUCCAUCCACAUAUCCGUAGGGGUCAACGGGUCUCUUGGAGGGUCCUCUCUACAUUUGACACCUCAGAGACAUCAUCAAGGAGUCAUAUUUGGAGACAUUCCGACAGACGAUUCAGCCCUCCAGCUCUGCUACCGUACGCACUGAACAAGGCCGCCUGGGGGCAAUUGGAUCUACACCUUACCCACUUACGACUAUCUGUACGGAAACAUUACUGUGAUUCCAUUCGAUACAGCAGACCCCCUACGACGAAUCUGGAUAGCCGCCAGUUCGUGGGCCAAUACUAUCCUCAUAGCGCGCGUCAGCUCCGACGAAAGUGGAAGCGUGUGUGGACGCCGCCAAACCGACGCUCUAGUCUGUGGGUGGUGUGCUAUGUGCAAGUGCAUCUGGUGCCUCUUUUCUGCGAUUUAGUGGACAAAGCGGCUGCCAGAAGAGAACCGGACUCGAUGUCUUGAGAAUGCCACAACCACAUGCCUCCACCAUCUACAGCACCAGUGCUUCAGCGAGCCAUCACCACUCUCAGCCCCAGUCUCAGUCCCAGUCCAAGUCCCAAUCUCAAACCCAAACCCAAUCCCAGUCUCAGUUCCAACCUCAGUCUGCUGCUUACAACGGGUCCUACAACCACCCACCACGCUCGAAUACUGCGACAGGACGUUAUACUCCAGCUGGCGUCAAUUCAGCCAGGUCCGAAUCGAUAUCCUACUCGCGGUCCACGACACCCAUCAACUUCUCGCAAAAGGGGCCGGCGGCCAGUUUCCAUUACAAUCGGAGCCGAAGUGGUACGCUGAACAGUGCUGCGAGUGGCUACACUGCGAGUAGUUCCGGUAACAGCAAUAGCGAUACUGGCAGCGGCAGCGGCAGUGGCAGUGGCAGAGUUGGAUAUGGUUCAGAAAUAGGGGAAUUUAGAUUUCAGUCUAGCGAUAGACGGCCGAGCGAUCUCACCAUCAGAGCCACCGACCCGCCCCCGAACGAAAGCCUAUCUCAGCCUGCACGAAUUGCGGAGGAGUCGCCAGCAUCGCCAUCCUUCUUUGCGGGAACCUUGCCCAGGACUUCGUCGCUUCUGCCGCCCCCGCGUAUCGUAGGGCCUGGACAAACCAAUGUCAACAUUGCCGACUAUGAUCCCACCUCCCCUCCCGAUCCAUUGACCAACCCCAGACCGCUGCAUUCGCGCGGAGGCAGUAUAGGGGCUAUUAGCGGCAUCAGCGAAGGUUUUCGCAACCUCAACCGGUGGUCAGCAUCAACGACAUCGAGUCGCGCUUCUCACGUCCCUGGAGCCCAGCCGCAACAACAUCUGUCGCCGCCGACAGCGUACGCCCAGGCGCAGGCGCAGGCGCACCCCAGGUCAACAACCAACUUCUCACGGCGCAUGAGCAUAGACUCGAUAGGCAUUCUCAAUCAAGGUGCCAUCGCCCCCGAGUCGCCCCAAUCUAGCUAUUAUUCUCCUCGGAGGUUGACCAAGCGGAGACCCUCCACUGCGAGUAUCAUCGCCGCAUCUCCUCGCGCCACCUCGAGUGCCGGCAAUCGACGACCCUCUUCACCUCCGCCUGUACCACCGCCAAAUCUGCCUCCGAUUCUCUCGUUACCUUCACUCGAGCUUGACACGACCUCGUUCGCUGCGCGGGUCGCAUCGCAAGGGACAAGCCGCCCUGGUCGACCUGAAGACUCGCCAGUGUCGCCUUUCUCAGCGCAAGUGGGCGACGAGCCGCAGGACUAUUUCUGGGACCGGAAUGACCAAGCCGAUGCUGUUCGCACACCCAUCACUACUCGAGAACCAGCAACAACAUUGCUUCCAGCAGCUGCUGUAACACGUGAGGAAACCAUGCCUGAGAGAAAAGGCCACACGAGGAGUCGCUCCUCAAACGCCAAGAGCAGCUCCGACUCGGGCAGGACCAAAAAACAGCCGUCGCAAAAGGCUAUGCUUUCGAAGGCUUUGGCCAAAGCGAACACAGCUGUCCAGCUUGACAAUGCGCAAAAUUACGAGGGCGCACGAAUAUCUUACUAUGAAGCAUGCGAAUUAUUGGCGCAGGUGCUCGCCAGGACAACGGGCGAUGAAGACAAAAAGAAACUAGAGGCCAUCCGGCGCACCUAUACGAGCAGAGUAGAGGAGCUAGACGACAUGGUUCCCAUUCAUGUUCAAACGGGCGGCAAGGCCCUACCUGCGAGACCGGAGAGUCUUGCGUUCAACGCGUUCGAAGUGCGACCCGCAAGUGACGAUGAAGAGGAGGUCUCUCCGACGACCACGCGAAAGCCAAUUCUAGUAGAGCUUGGCUCAGGAAGAUACGGGGGGUCCUCAUCUAAUCUCGAUGUGGAACCAGCGCAAUUAGGUUCAGGAAGAUUUGGAGGGUCUUCGACAAGUCUAAAUGCGCCUUUGACCUCGUCGUUUUCCUCGAGGUCGCCAAUGUCAAAGUCGCCCAUGCGACGGGGUUUCGAAGGUUCACUUACCAUUCCACAGGCAAGCGAGGGCCAAAUGAUGCCUGCACCUUUGUCUCCUCGACGGGCCCCUUCACCCUCCAAACCAAUGACACCCGAACCCGAGCAGGUGGCACGACAGGAUUUCUUCAUGCACUCUGACCGGUUGGCUGCAGGAACAAGCAAUGGCCACACCCGUAACCCGAGCCACGAAUCCAUAUCAUGGCUCGAUCCUAUCGAUGAAUCGGGGGGCUCCGAGCCUUCAUCUGUUCAUUCGAGGACAUCCUCAUUCGGUCUCAGGAGGAAGCAUAUUCGUGGUAUCAGCGGCGGUACCGAAGCCGAGUUCGACGCAGCCCUCGACGCAGCGGUUGAAGCCGCUUAUGACGAUGGGUUUGAGCCCAUGGACGCCUAUGACGAACCUUACGAUGACGAUGACGAUGUUGUAGCAAAUGCGAUGCGCAGAGUGGAGCUAGCGAAAGAACAUGUUCGACAGGCAGAGAGAGAAGUAGAAUCUGAGCGCGAAGCAGUCAUACGGGCCGCGCGGGAGAAAGAGCGGCAGAGACAGAUGUCUGUUGCUAGUCAGACCCGCGACUCGCAAACUUACAAUGGGCACUUUUAUGACGGGAAUGAUUCUGACGAGGAGGAGCGUAUGCUUGAAGACUUCACAAGGGACUAUGCCUUCAACAACUUCUCCUUUGGCCAACAAGCUCCGAAUCAAGCGGCGGCUGCUACGAGAGAGAGGGAGUCCGACUCCAGUGGCCUUACACAACGGACGUGGCACAGCUCGAUAGGUUCGAGUCCGCCCACCGCGACAACGGUUCUUUCCUCCGUCGCUGAAAUGCCAAACCCAAUAACGAACCCUCCCCCACCAUCUUUACCUCCACCUCCACAAGCUCUUCCUCAGUUGCCAAUAACGCAGUCCGGCAAUUCUUCAGGUGUCCGGAGUCGCAGAUUGUCGGGGCAGAAUGCCAAGCAGCUCAAGAUCGAGACGACGAAGUUGGGACAACCCGCAGCUGGCGUCCCUGGGGCCAUAUCCGCUAUGCAUGCUAAGCAAGGCAGCUUCAUUGCUCAGCAGCGCCAGGCUAUGUCGGCCACUUCAACCAAGCCAGGUCCCUUCUCAAUGCGCAAUCCUGACUCUCCAGCCAGAGGUGCAAGCCCUCACCCAAUCAUGUCGCCACCAACACCACCGCAAAACCCUCCUUAUACAGACGAUUCUGAGGACUUCCACACUGGCUCUCCAACGGCGCCGCCAUUCGGUGGUGUAUUGCGCAUGAAGCAAUCCUCCUCGAGCCUCAAAUCCAUGAAGAUCCGUCAAAUGUCCGUGUCCAACAUUGACAUGGCAUCAGAUCUGUCACCAAAUACCCCACUAAGCCAAACCUUAACAAACUCGUCCAUGCAUCGACAACCAUCCGUACCUGCCAUGCCUACCCCACUGGUAGCGACCUUUACCAAUAAAUCAGUUGGUGGAUCUGGCGGUCUCUAUCUCUUUGACUCGGACCUUAUCUCUCCGACUCCCCGCUCACCUUCUUCCAUACGCUUUGAAAACCCAGAUAUUCCCCUACCACUGGAGCCUUGUCCAUCCGAUGUUAUGCUGAGACCAUUCUGGCUCAUGCGGGCUAUUUACCAGACUCUCGCCCAUCCUCGCGGUGGUUACAUCACGACCCGCUUGUUCGUGCCUCAUGACGUCUGGAAAGUGAAGGGCGUGAAACUUCGAAAUUUAGAAGACAAGUCAUCCCAGUGUGACUUUCUAACAGCUGCUCUGAUGAAACUGGCCAGAGUUGACAGUACGGAUGCCGACGCAGUGCUGGAGGAGAUGCAGAGCUUGGAGAACGCCCUCGAGCAAGUUCAACAGAAUCUGACUAGAAAGCUAGGCCACGAGGUCGGGACGCAAGGCGCAGGCGCUUAUCGUGACCGUGAAGACAGCGAGACCAUUCCUUCGGUACCUCGAAGUGCGAGCGUAAGCGGUAAGGCCGCAGCAUUCAGCUGGCGUAGAUUGAGGAGUAAGGGGUCGGCGGUAAACCUUACGAGCGCCUAUGGCAACAAAACCACUAGUGGGGGAGCUGAACGUAUAGCGGAGAGAGAAGUCAUGGGCGCUGGCUCGGGCACUCUUCCGAGCUUACCAAUGGUAGCCCAGCCCAGCAGUCGUCCUGCAAAGCGUGAUAUAGCUUCCCUUCGAUUUGAUGGCCCUUAUGCCGGAUACAUGCAAAGUCUUGCGCGGUUGUUCGACGCUGCGCAGACCCUUGAUCAGAUCGCCCGUCAGGUCGAGGACCCGGGACUACGACACGCUGACAAAACACAAGUUGGCUUGGAGCUUUGUACUAGACACGCUGCUGAGUUCUUCGGCUUCUACAUCUGUCGCUUCGUGUUGGCAGACCUAGGCAUGCUUCUUGAUAAAUUCGUCAAGCGCGGCAGUGAAUGGGUUCUUGCCUAA